AUGGCCUGGGGACUGCCCAGCACUGCCAGCCUCACACGCUUCUGCCAGAAGCUGAACCGGCUGAAGCCACUGGAGGAGUCCGCUAUGGAGACAUCGCUGCAGCGCCACCUGACCACGCUGGACCUGACCCUGCUGGGUGUGGGUGGCAUGAUGGGCUUCGGCCUCUUCAUGCUCAUGGGCACUGUGGCCAAAGGAGUAGCUGGCCCUGCGGUGGCUGUGUCCUUCAGCGUGGCUGCCCUGGCCUCCCUGCUUGGAGCCCUAUGCUAUGCAGAGUUGGCAGCACAUGUGCCCUGCAGGGGCUCUGCCUACCUGUUCACCUAUGUAUCCAUGGGCGAGCUGUGGGCCUUCCUUGUUGGCUGGAUCUUGCUCUUAGAGUGCCUCAUUGGUGGCCCCGCCGUGGCGCACGUCUGGAGCAGCAACCUGGAUGCCAUCUUCAGCCACCGCAUCCGCAGCUUCACCAUGGCCCAUGUGGGCAUCUGGCAGGUGCCCUUCCUGGCCCGAUACCCAGACUUCUUAGCUGCUGGAGUCAUACUUUUAAUCUCUGCAUUCAUCUCCUGUGGAGUGCGCGUCUCUUCCUGGCUCAACCGCAUUUUCUCUGCCAUCAGCCUGGUCGUCGUCCUCUUCAUCAUCAUCAUGGGGUUUGUCCUGGCCCGCCCACACAACUGGAGUGCUGAGGAGGGUGGCUUUGCGCCCUUUGGCUUCUCCGGCAUCAUGGAUGGCUCUGCCACCUGCUUCUAUGCCUUCAUGGGCUUGGGUUCCAUCACUGCCUCCAGUGAGGAGGCACAGAACCCCAAGCGAGCUGUGCCUAUGGCCAUCACCAUCUCAGUUGUCCUGGUGGCUGGUGCCUACAUCCUCGUCUCCACUGUGCUCACCCUCAUGGUGCCCUGGCACAGCCUGGACUCUGACUCGGCGCUCGCUGAUGCCUUCUACCAGCGGGGCUACGGCUGGGCGGGCUUCAUCGUGGCGGCUGGUGCAGUCUGCGCUGUAACCACUGUCCUGUUCAACAGACUCUUUUUCCUGCCACAUGUGGUCUAUGCCAUGGCCACCGACGGGCUCAUGUUCCAGGUGUUUGCCCAUGUGCACCCCCGGACACAGGUGCCAGUGGUGAGCAUCCUGGUGUUCGGGGUCCUCAUGGCUUUCCUGGUGCUGCUGCUGGACCUUGAGGCGCUGGUCCAGUUCCUGUCCAUCGGCAUACUGCUGACCUUUACAUUUGUGGCCACCAGCAUUAUCGUGCUACGCUUUCGAAAGGCCCCUCCAUCCAAUUUGCUCCACCCAGUCAGUCCUGUAGGCAGUGAGCAGGCCUCAGCCCCUGAGCCUAGGCAGCUGCGACCAGCCCUGAGGCCGUACCUUGGCUUCCUGGGUGGGUGCAGACCUGGAGCCGCUGUGGCUUGGGCACUCGGUGUCCUGGUGUCCUCAGCCAUCACUCUGGACUGCGUGCUGGUCUUUGGGGACUCGGCGCUGCACCUCCCACCCUGGGGCCACACCCUGCUGCUCCUGCUCAGCUCCAUCGUGUUUCUGCUCAGUCUCCUCGUCCUGGGGGCCCACCAGCAACAGCGCCGGCAGGACACCUUUCAGGUUCCCAUGGUGCCCCUGACUCCAGCCCUGAGCAUCCUCCUCAAUGUCUUCCUCAUGCUGCAGCUGAGCUACGUGACCUGGCUGAGCUUGUCCAUCUGGCUGCUGAUUGGACUCGUGGUGUAUUUUGGCUACAGCAUCUGGCACAGCAAGGAGAACCAGCGGGAGCUGCAGGAGUUGCCUGCCACAUACGGCAGCCUGGAGGAUCCAGUUCAGGCCUUACAACCCCUCAGCCAGGCCCUGGCCCAGGAGCCUGCUCAAACGGAGCAGGCUGCCAGUCCAUGA